AUGCGUCUCUCCUUCAUCCUCGCCGUUGCUGCUGCUUUCAAGUUGACAGUGUCUAUGCCACUUGUCAGUGAUGAGAGUGACUGUCCCUUCUACUGCGGCAGCGGCAAACCUGUUUGUUGCCCCGGUGCUCUAUCUACUGCCAAUCUAAGGUCCAUCGGCGUUGUCGAGCCCCAGUGGAGGUACACUACGUGCAGCUCGACGCACUUCCGUACCACUACUCGUGAAGUACUAUGCAUCGCAUCUGGUCGUGCGAGGCUAUGUUUUGAUGAAGAGAACAACCAUGGAAGGGCAGAAACAGAAGUCGACAUUGGGCAUGUCGUUACCAUUCCUGCAGGCGUGGGGAACAGGCGCAGGAGAGUGAUUCAGUAUACAGUAUCUGAAGGCAAAGUUUCGUGA